UAGCCGCUCAUAUCCUACGAAGGAUUCGAUUCUUCCUAUCCUAUCGUUGAGGGAUCCGUUAUCUAAACAAUGGCUGCCCCAUCGAUACCACAGCAUUGUCUUGCAAUAAACGCUUGGAAACGUGAGAACAAGCUAUACUUCGGCGAAUCUGGUUGAGUUCCUUUAUCAAGUCCAAUUAGUAUCUGUUAUCAUCUCCCAUCAUCGAUUCUCCUUUCUCUCCUAUUCUCUAAUGUUUCUUGCCUAAACAAUAGUUACUCAUCGAUACUUUGAUAUUGUUUCGAAGUUUAGCAUAAAGCCAGCGAUGCCGCUGAUAGGUCAGAUUAACGUAGAAGUUUCAACCUGGUGAGUAUCUCGCAGGAAUGUCUCUAGUCGAUAACAUAGAAUCCGUCGAGCGUGGUUAAUCUCCCGCUCGACGAUCAAACGACGUAGGGUCUCAGCAUCGUCACCGAAGGGAAAAUCGAUUUUCCUUGAACGAAGGAAGCUGCGCCUGCACCAGUCAGACCAUUAACAGCUUCCAGUGAAUUCCGCGCCGUUACGCUUUCAUCGCCCCAAGUCCUUGCUCUGACCGAUUCGGUUGUACGCGAAGAGCAAUCCUCCUGUUGGAAUCCUCGGCUCGCGCGAGAGCAAGAUCCACCGAAGAAGGGACUCGUCAAAGAAUGUUGAAGACGCGAAACGGGAAGGAAGAUACGAGGUAGAUAGAAGGGGGAUGGGAUGAUAUUACUAGCAUUGAACCGCUACUCAGAGUUCGACGGUGCUGCCCGCAGACGGCUAGGAAACCGGAAAGGGUAAACGGAACAGGGCGAGGGAAAGAGAGAGAGAGAGAGAGAGAGAGGGAGGAAAGAGAGAUCGCGAAGGAGGUCCGUCGAGAGAAGGGGCAGGGGGUGGAGGGUGCAGAGGAGAGGGCGCCGCGCACGCGAAAGAGAAACGGAUACAGAUCCAUCGUGCCAGUGGCCGCUGCGGCAAAUCUGCGGCUCUCCGCGGCCGUUCGUCAAGAGACAGAGAGGGAAAAAAAGUGACGAUUAUUAUAUCGAAGCACCCGGCCUGGAUUUGGGUGCCGGCGUGUUGUUCGGUCGAUCGGUCGACCCGCAGAUCGGUGUCCCGCUCGAUAAUAAUCCCAAGGCCGUUCCCUACGAAACGAGACCCGAUGAAGUGCUCCGGCAAUGGAACGAACUCCGCGCGAUCUUCGUGUCGUCCUCCGUACGGUCCAGCAUCGGUCGAGUUCGUGCAGAGCGAUUUGUACGGAUGCCCGCCGAGGUUCCGCCGAUACGGGGACUGAUUGAUCGUAGAAAAAAGUGUUAGAGAGGACGUCGAUGCCCAGUUGACGACCUCAUGGCCCAAGUGGAGGGUGUCCUCUCGUGAGGGCGAGCACGGACGACAAAGAGUACGGGAAGAGAGGUGCGACAAGUGACAGUGCGUAGUGACAUUACGUCGUUCAUUUCGGAGGGAGGAAGGAACGAGAGAGCGCGUUUCCUCUCACUGGUUUUCGACGUUGAAGACAUUUCUGAAGUGCGCGAAGGUCAUUCGUUCCGAUUAAUCUCUUCGUACGCGAUCGUCAGUGGUGAAGUUCCGUCUUUCAACGAAGAUUCUGAAGCUCGAGAAGGAGAAGAGUGCGCGAUACGCAGUAGAUGAAAUUAUCGCGGGAGCGACAGGCUCAGUGUACGCUCGUCUUUAAGGUCGAAGGGAGGCUGUAAGCGGUCCUGUGAUUGGUUAAAAGCGCGUCCGCGGGAAUCUUUUUCGCUCCGUUACGUGCGCUAAUUCGAGUUUAUCAGACGACGUGACGCGAGGUAAACUGAUGAGGGUCUGCGCGGUUGAUGGCCGUCGACCGAUGUCACGCUUGUCAGGUCAGGAUCGGUCAACGGGGUCGGGGUAGAAGAGAGGGGAAGAGUGCCGAGGAGACUUGGAGUAAAAAAAGUUCGACGCCGCGUUGAUUCGCGCGCGAGGAUCGCGUUUUGCCAACAACUACGCGAGCUACGCGGACCGAAACUAUCGUCACUGCCUGCAAAUUCGACGGGAAAACUUUCCCUCAACUCAAUUACGCCGCAACCGUGUCGUCGUGUUCGCGCCUGCGAAAGCCAAACGAAAGGCGACACCGACCUACUCUUGGCCGUAACUCGACGCUUGUACUCCAUGAGAGAGUUAAUCGCGAUCCCGCGAACUCUUCCGGGUUCCUCGUCGGGCUCGCGAUUAAUUUAUGAUAAGUGUGAUAAGCCGCCCCUGGUGUGGAUUACGGCUCGCGCCAACGACGACGACGAUAACGACGACGACGACGACGACGGGGAGGGAGUUGGUAGCACGGUUAGCGAACUCAGCGAUUAUAAUAUGGCGAGACAGGCAUAUUUCCUCGUCGAUUAAUACGUCGAGCGCGAGGAGCGUCGAGGCGGGGAUUUAAAAUUCAUAUCGGUGACAUAAUCGAUACUUUGUCACGCGCUGUUCCUUUCUGAUCGGUUCCACAUCGUGAUUCGAUCGAAGUUACUCGUACUCGUUACGAACUGCAUAUCAUAACGGCACUGCGCAAUCGGAGGAAUCCGAUUCAUCCCCCUGGUACUCGAAUUAAAUCGUCGCCGCAGACAUAAAAAAAGUGACUGGCUGGAUCUGAUUUAAACUGAUACGGGCGCGCUUAUGGCGCUCGUUUAAUCAGAAUGAGAUCUGAGAAUCCGCUGACAAUGCCGCCGCUACGACGACAGGCCAGGUCUGCGAAAUGAAAACUCCUGACAAGAGACAAUGGAAGCGUCCACGCGAGCAUGACGGCCUUAUUCAGUGUCGCGGACGGCACGCUUAGGCGACCAUAAACGACUCGCCGGUGAAACGGAGAAGUGUCAUCGUCUGUUGCGGUGGAAUCGACCUGUUUCUCGCCCCCCGGAAACGAGAGAAGGGGUCAGCGGACCUCGGAAGAGAGCACCGAUAAAAGGACCGGUGUUAUGUUAGUGACAAGGCCUCACCCUCUAGGAGGGCACAUACUACUCGCCCUCUUCCUCCUGACGGGGUGUUUCGCCUUACUGUCACGAGCGGUCGCCUUCCCGGAUUGGACCGACUGCCCCGCGGUAUGCCGAUGCAAGUGGACCUCCGGCAAGAAAUCCGCUCUGUGUGGGGACGCCGGCCUGACAUCGUUGCCGGCGUCCCUCGACCCGGACAUGCAGGUCCUCGAUUUGUCCGGGAACAUGAUACCCGCGUUGCAGGCGGAGGUGUUCAAGCUGGCCGGCCUGGUGAAUCUGCAACGGGUCUUCCUGCGCAAGGCCGGCAUUCACAAGAUCCACGCGGACUCCUUCAAGGACAUGAGGAUACUUGUCGAGAUCGAUCUGUCGAACAAUCACGUGGCGACUCUGGAGCCGGACACGUUCCUCGGGAACGAGCGGCUGCGUAUUCUGAUACUCAGCGGAAAUCCGCUCGGUACUCUGCGUAAUCUACAAUUUCCCGUGCUCCAGCAUCUGCGGAAUUUAGAACUGGAAAAGUGCUCCUUGACCGAAGUACACGGACAGGCCUUCGCCCGAUUGAGCGGCUUGGAGUUCCUAAAGCUGGACGGCAAUCAGCUGGAGUAUCUGGAGGCCUCGGUGAUAUCCAAUCUGUCCCGAUUGAAAACCGUGACGCUGGACGGCAAUAGGUGGAAAUGCGACUGCAGAUUGCGAGAUUUUCGCAUCUGGCUCAUUCCCGAAGCCCCCAGCAAGUUGUACUCCGUUCCACAGAUCUGCACGGGUCCGUCGAAAUUAGAGGGUCGUAGGUGGGAAGACGUCAAGCCCGUCGAGUUCGCCUGCGAGCCGGAAGUGUCUGUUGUAGCGAGUAGCGCACAGGAGGAAACCAACGGCAAUCUCAGCCUAGCUUGUUUGGCGUCCGGCGAUCCCGAGCCGGAAGUCUGGUGGCAGCUGAAUGGCGGUCCGGUUAACGCGACUAAAUCGACCGAUCAAUUAUACACCGGGCCUCUCGUCGUCUACACGACGUCCGAGGUCAGUGCGUCUUCCAAAUCCGCGUUGUCCAGAACCGUCCCGGAUCGAUGGAGCAACCUGACGGUUUACAACGCCAGCGACAGCGAGGCAGGCGAGUACACCUGUGUCGCGAAGAACAUCGCUGGCGUCGCCCGGGGCACGGUCAGCAUAGCUAUACCCCGCGUCUACACGGCCCCGACUCUCUCUCAGAGCGACAACUGGCUCCUCUGGGUGAGCCUGGCCGGCGGUGGCGCGGCAGCCGCGUGCGCUUCCAUUUCGGCCGUUCUCCUGGCUCUUUGCCUGUGCAGCGGCGGUCGGCGGCACCGGAAGCGCGAGAAGAUGAAGCUGCAGAGCAGCAGCAGCUUCGGCGAUCAGGAGAAGAAACUUCUAGACCUCUCCGUCACCACGACCACGACGCCCGGCAACAGCAACGAGCGCGGCAGCGGCCAUGGCAGCCUCGACGAGGCCUGUAGCACCGGUGACCUCGAAUUAGCCGAGCGUGGCUCCAUUUGCGACCCCAUGGCCGCGGCCACCGUGACCGUCGAGCGGUUGCGACCCGCGGAAAGCGCGGUGAACGCGAUUCGCGCGGUUUCGUGCACCGCCGCCGCCGCGGCCAACGUAUUUCCGCCCCCGCCGCCUGAAUUCACCAGCGGCGUCCUUCCGGCCGGGAUCUUCGGCAACAUCUUCAUCUCCGUGUCGCUGCCGCAGGACGCGUCGUCGGAGCGCUGCUACCCGGAUCUCUUAGACAUCCCCGUCCAUGCGGUCAGCGGCGCCGGGGCGGCCGUCACAGCCAGCUGUGCGGGCGGCAAGAUACCGUCCGCGGCUGUCAACGUUUCCAGCUUUGCCACGCUACCGCGCCGGGCCUUGCGUUCCGCCGAGGUUGCCGGCACCGGUUCGCCCUACGAUAACAUGGGACCCCGUAUCACAGCGAACGGCAGUUCCGCGUUCUCGUUGACGGACAUAGACCUGCGAUUGUCGCCGCCACCGCCGCCCCGGAUCAUUCAACCCCCGCACGAAUUCGUUUCUCUCUAAAGGGAAUCCGCGGCUCAUCUCCUCUCCUAUCGUUAUACAUAUUGUCGCGCAUACCAAUUUCGUAAUCGAUAAUAUUCCGCUAAUAACGUUUCCCCCGAUAUACUGCGGAGUGUCCAUUAUCGGCCGGACGUUAUUAGAUGUGACAACAAUUAGCGCGCGGGAAUAUUGACUGUGUAUCAUAGGAGUCGUUCAAAGACUGACUUCCCUUGAGAACGCAUGCGCGCGCUUCGAACGAGUGAUCCGUGUACGAUCCUCGAUGGGGAACGCAACGAAUCAUCCUUUGUGUCAGCCAGUCGCUAAUUUGACAAUGACACGCGUCACAUUAUUUGUAUCAAAGAACUUUCAUUCUAGCAUCGUAUGCUCGCCGAAUCAUCGUGUGAUCGCCAAGGAGAGACUUGGCGUUGUAACAAUAUUGAUCGCAACUCUAGACUGCCACUUAUCGAAUCAAAAUUUUUAACUAGCGUUUGUUUAUCAAGAUAAGUUAUUUUCAGCAAUUAAACAAUUUUUAUCGAUAGCAGACUCGACUAUUGUGUGUGUAUCGCUUAUUAUAAAAGGCCGAACAAAAUUCAUCUAACGAUCUGGAAAACCAUUUUUUUUUCUUCUCUCGGACAAUUUAAACGAUUCAAAAACACACGAAGAUAUCUUUGAUAUUCCUUAAACAGCUUCAAAGCUUUUUGAAUUUUUAUACUAUGUUUAGACACUAAUAGAUGGGCGUAGUUCAUUUAGACGAUUUUCCUCGAGAACUUCAUCACCUUGAGAAAAGGAAGAAAGUGUAAAAGAUCGAUGGGAGACGCAGGUUAACGCAUGUCGAUGUGACAAUUUCGACGAACAUUUCUGGGAGAUCUCACGAAUAAGUAAUCAUCGACGGAUAGCCGGAUACACCCCUUGGGAAGACGACGUGAAUGUUAGUCGCGAUUAGACAUUUCCCGCGAGUGCGGUCCAAGUCGUUCUUCCCUUCGACAUGAGUCCGGCGAAUCGGUAUGCGGGUAGAGGACACCGAAAGGAAAUCGAUAUCGCGCGAGCCGUGCGCGUUACCGAGAUUAAUAUACGGAGCAUUCGAUCGAGGGGGUUCGAUAUCGGCCAUGACUGCCGGACACUUACCGAAUAUCUGUUUGUCUAUGCUUGUCUGCCCGCCUUGCCCGCUUGUCCGGCCAGCGGCCGUUUGCGCCCACAAUGAAUGCGUAUUUGCGUGUGCGUGUGCGUGUGUGCGUGUGUGUGUGUGUGUGGUGAACGAGUGCGUGAGAGAGAACUUUAGAUCUAUAAAACAAAAUAUCUCUUCUGUAGCCUCCGCUAAAUAAUCCGAAGCGAGAGGCGCGACGUUUGUACAUAUUUCACGACUACUAUUUCUUCGGACGAAGGACUUUUGGGCUAGCGCGAGCCAAACGCGCCGCGCACAUCUCACACAUUAUCUUCCUCCCAUUCAUUCUCCAAAGUGUAUCACUAGUUUGUUAUGUACUCUCUACGUGUGUACAUAUUUGUUAUUACAUUACAUUACAACAUUCGUGUAUGUACAUGCGUGGAUCCGGUCGUUGCAAAUUGCGCGCGCACGCCGACGCGUUAUAUACAUGAAUAAUAUUCAUUAUGAACACUUUGUCAAUUAAUAAAAUCAUUGAAUUUUACAUACAUCGUGUCACUGUUGUGUAUUGUCUUAUUGCGUUCGUUAUGCACUCUCAAAAAACGAUGUAUCAUAUCGUAUAUGUUUAUGUUUACAGAGAGAGAGAGAGAGAGAGAGAGAGAGAGAGAAAGUUGGAUUAUAACAUUCACACAUUGGCAUAUAAGUCACAUUUUAUAAACGAAAAAGUCAAGAGAGAUAUUUGGCAUUGAAAAGUUGAAACAACAUAUAGUAUCGUUUUUCUGUACCCAAUUUAUAUGCUAAAAAUAAAACAAAAAGCUGUACGGAUUAUUUUUUUUUUCUAAAAAAAUUCUACCUCUAAUCGGUUACGGCUUUCUAUGUAUUAUGUAUUAAAAAUAUCGUAUCAAAGUUUAACUAUAUUGUUAGUAAUAGGAUCUAUUUGUACAAAUUGUUAUAUGUAAUCAAAUAAUUAAAAAAUGCGAAAACGCACAUUUUCAGUUGGAA